AGCCAAUUCUAGUCCUGUCUAUGAUCAUCCACACCUGCAGCUCUGACGGAGACGCUGCAAGCCUGAGGGAGUUGAACUCAUCUUCCUCAUUCAUAUGAGGUGAUGUGUGAAAAAACUCAUCUGAGGUGAACCAGUGAUAAAAUCCUCAGAAUUACAAUGAAACAUAUCAGAAGCAUUUAUGUAUUUUGUAGUAUUGUUACGUCAGUGCAUAGUGGGGCUUCAAAGCUGCCAGAAGAAACAGAAUUGACUACCAACUGCUCCAACAUGUCUUUAAGAAAGGUUCCUGAAGACUUGACCCCAACCACAACCAUACUGGAUUUGUCCUACAACCUCCUUUUUCAACUCCAGCGUUCAGAUUUUCAUUCCUUCUCUAAACUGAAAGUUUUGAUUCUAUGCCGUAACAGAAUCCAAGAGCUGGAUAUCAAGACCUUUGAAUUCAACAAGGAGUUAAGAUAUUUAGAUGUGUCUUACAACAGACUGAAGAGUGUAACUUGGUUCUCACUGGCAGGUCUCAGACAUUUAGAUCUGUCCUUCAAUGACUUUGACACCGUGCCUAUCUGUGAGGAGACUGGCAACAUGUCACACCUGGAAAUCCUAGGUUUGAGUGGGGCAAAAAUACAAAAAUCAGAUUUCCAGAAAAUUGCUCAUUUGCAUCUAAAUACUGUCUUCUUAGGAUUGAGAACUCUUUCUCAUUAUGAAGAAGGUAGCCUGCCCAUCUUAAACACAACAAAACUUCACAUUGUUUUACCAAUGAACACAAAUUUCUGGGUUCUUUGGCGUGAUGGAAUGAAGACUUCAAAAAUAUUAGAAAUUACGAAUAUAGAUGGCAAAAGCCAAUUUGCAAGUUAUGAAACUCAGCAAAAUCUUAUUUUAGAGAAUGCCAAGACAUCCAUUCUGUUACUUAAUAAAGUUGAUUUACUCUGGGAUGAUCUUCUGCUUAUCUUCCAAUUUGUUUGGCAUACAUCAGUAGAAUACUUCCAGAUUCAACAUGUGACUUUUGGAGGUAAGGUUUAUCUUGACCAUAAUUCAUUUGACUACUCAAAUACUGUAAUGAGAACUAUAAAAUUGGAGAAUGUACAUUUCAGAAUUUUUAAUAUCCCACAGGAGAGAGUCUACUUGCUUUUUACCAAAAUGGAUAUAGAAAACCUGACAAUAUCAGAUGCACAAAUGCCUCACAUGCUGUUCCCUAUAUAUCCUACAAGAUUCCAAUAUUUAAAUUUUGCUAACAAUAUCUUAACAGAUGACGUGUUUAAAAAUUCUAUCCAACUGCCUCAUUUGAAAACUCUCAUUUUGAAGGACAAUAAAUUGGAGACACUUUCCUUAGUGAGUUGCUUUGCCGGCAACACAUCCUUGAGGCACUUAGAUCUGAGCGAAAAUCUGUUACAACAUGAAAAUGAUGAAAAUUGCUUGUGGCCAGAAACCUUGAUCACCAUGAACUUGUCAUCCAACAAAUUUGCUGAUUCUGUUUUCAGGUGCUUGCCCAGAAAUAUUCAAAUACUUGACUUGAAUAAUAACAAAAUUCAAACUGUCCCUAAAGACAUUAUUCACUUGACAUCCUUGAGAGAGUUAAAUCUUGCAUUUAAUUUUCUAACUGAUCUUCCUGGGUGCAGUCAUUUCAGAAGACUCUCAGUUCUGAACAUUGAAAUGAACUUAAUUCUCAGCCCAUCUCUGGAUUUUUUCCAGAGCUGCCAGGAAGUUAAGACUCUAAAUGUAGGAAGAAAUCCAUUCCGGUGUACCUGUGAAUUAAGAGAUUUCAUUCAGCUUAAAAAAUACUCAGAGGGCAUGAUGGUUGGAUGGUCAGAUUCAUACAUCUGUGAAUACCCUUUGAAUCUAAAGGGGACUCAGUUAAAAGAUGUUCAUCUUCCUGAAAUAUCUUGCAACACACCUUUGUUGAUUGUCACCAUUGUGGUUAUCAUGCUAGUUCUGGGGAUGGCUGUGGCCUUCUGCUGCCUCCACUUCGAUCUGCCCUGGUAUCUCAGGAUGCUAGGUCAAUGGACACAGACAUGGCACAGGUUUAGGAAGACAACCCAAGAACAGCUCAAGAGAAAUAUCCAAUUCCACGUGUUUAUUUCAUACAGUGAACAUGAUUCUGCCUGGGUGAAGUAUGAAUUGAUUCCCAAUGUAGAGAAAGAAGAUGGUUCUGUCCUGAUUUGCCUUCACGAGGGAAACUCUGACCCUGGCAAGAGCAUUACUGAAGAUACCAUAAACUGCAUUGAGAAAAGUUAUAAGUCCAUCUUUGUUUUGUCUCCCAACUUUGUCCAGACGGAGUGGUGCCAUUAUGAACUCUACUUUGCCCAUCACGAUCUCUUCCAUGAAAGUUCUGAUUACAUAAUUCUUAUCUUACUGGAACCCAUUCCACUCUACUGUAUUCCUACCAGGUAUCCUAAGCUGAAAACUCUCAUGGAAAAGAAAGCAUACUUGGAAUGGCCCAAGGAUAGGCGUAAGUGUGGCCUUUUUUGGGCAAACCUUCGAGCUGCUAUUCGUGUUAAUUUAUUAGAAACCAGAGAGAUGUGUGAACUGCAGACAUUCACAGAACUGAAUGAAGAGUCUCGAGGUUCUGCAAUCUCUCUGAUAAGAACAGACUGCCUAUAGAGUCCCACCCACCCCUAGGGAAAUUGGGACCUGAAUAUACUGUUAGGAUAUAAAUUGAUACAACCUUUAUGAUGGCAAUUUGGCAAUAUCUAUUCAAAUGAAAAAUUAUCAUUCCUUCAUGUCAGUUCCUUGAAGGAGCUCUAAGAAUGUAUCCUAGAGAAAUGCAAUUUGCAAAGGUUUAUGUAAAAAAGGCAUUCAUCCUGGCAUUGUUCGUAAUCAUGAAAAAUUAAAAACAGCUCAAAUGUCCACAAAAUAAGGAUUGAUCUAACAAAUUAUAGUACAUUAAUGCAACAGAAUAUUACACAGCCAUUAAAAAAUGAGGUAGCUCUAUAUUUUCUGGUAUGGAGAAAGUUACAUUUUGGUUUAUAUGUUGAAAUAGGAGUCUAAAGGAAUCUAUACCUGUACAUUGGUGUAGUAACAGUGGUUAGGGUCUGGGAGUUUGGAUUACAGGGAGCAUUUGGUUUCUAUGUUGUAUAUUUCUGUAAUGUUGGAGUUGCUUAGAAUGAAUCUAUACUUCUUUUGCAAGCAGAGAAAACAAUAAAGAUAAUGUU